AUGGAGCAGAACGAAGAAGUUAAUCUUGAAGAGCGCUUGAAAUCUGCUCUCUGGUUAUCGAUUGGAAAGAUCGUGGAUGAAGAGACCAUCAAGCUUGGUGUCAACGCCACCCCUCAGUUUAUCGGAGCUUUGACUGAAAUGGUCUGGGCCCAAAUCGAGACGGUCAGCCAGGAUCUGGAGUCAUUUGCUAAGCAUGCCGGGCGCUCAACAGUCAAUGUCGCAGAUGUGAUGCUUCUUGCACGCCGUAACGAAGGACUGGAGUCUAUUUUGCGAGCAUUUGUUGAGCAACAGCGUGAAGAAGAAGAAGCUUAA